GGCAGACGAGGGCGGGCUGGGAGAAAAUUUCCUCGGCCUUCCUCGGGCGAUGCUAAGCCGUCCAGCAUCAGCAGAAGAAGUUUAUUACAGAUGUUUUCCAGAGUGAAUACUAGACAACAGGGACUAUGUCUGUUUUCCCCAAAUUCUCACUAAGACCAGAGGUUGAAGAAUAUCUGCAGGCCACAUUUAAAAAUGAUGAGCUCGUAUCUGCUGUGGGUCCCCUGGAAGUUGAAAGAAAAUAUGAACAUCUGUUAAAUAAUUUGUCUCAUCCGCCUGCUUUCACAACUGUUCGAGUAAACACUCACUUGGCAUCUGUUGAACAUGUAAGAAGUCUACUGUCUGAAGAGAUCUGCAAGCAGUAUAAAGGUUUCAGUAUUCCAAUUCUUCAGCACCCAGAACUUUCUGAUGUUUUACUUAUUCCUAUUAUUGGGCCCAGAAAGGACCUCCAAGAAUUGACAAAUCAGGUAAUUGUUGGUGCCCAAUGUGGGAAUGCAGUGCUUCGAGGAGCGCAUGUAUAUGUCCCUGGAAUCAUAUCCACUUCAAACUUUAUGAAAGCUGGUGAUGUGGUUUCUGUCUACUCUGAUAUUGAAGGGAAAUGUAAAAGAGGAGCCAAGGAAUUUCUGGGAACCAAAGUUUUCCUUGGAAAUGGGAUUUCUGAAGUGAGACGCAAUGACAUUUUUAAUUCUAAUGGCCCACUGAAAGGGUUGGGAGUAAAAAUGAUAGAGCCAAUCUACCUUAGUCCUUCAUUUGACAACGUGCUAUCCAGUUACAUAUUUUUGCAGAAUUUGCCCUCUUCAGUUGUGAGCUAUGUUUUAAAUCCUCAACCAGGUGAGAGAAUUUUGGAUAUGUGUGCAGCUCCUGGGGGAAAAACAACCCAUCUUGCAACACUAAUGCGUGAUGAGGGGGAAGUGAUCGCCAUGGACAAGACAGCAGAUAAAGUAAAGAAGAUUAGGCAAAAUGCUGCAUUGCUAAAACUGAAUUGUAUUAAAGUGUUUUGCUGUGAUAGUACUAAGGCACUUGCCUCUGACCAGAGAGAAUUCGAGCAAGAAGGACCUCCAUUCUUACGAGAAUCAUUUGAUCGAAUACUUCUUGAUGCUCCCUGUAGUGGAAUGGGGCAGAGACCAAAUAUGGCUUAUUCCUGGUCUUUAAAAGAAGUGGCAUCUUAUCAGCCCUUGCAGCGCAAGCUUUUCAGAGUGGCAGUACAGCUGCUGAAACCAGGGGGAAUCCUGGUAUACAGUACUUGCACAAUAACACUUUCAGAAAAUGAGGAGCAAGUUGCUUGGGCGCUACAGACUUUCCCAUGCCUCCAGCUUCAGUCACAGGAGCCCCAUGUUGGAGGAGAAGGCAUGAUGGGAGCUGGGUUGUCACCUGAGCAGUUGAAACAGCUGCAGAGGUUUGACCCAUCUGAUGCAGUUCUACAAGGAAUGGAUUUUAAUUCGUUGCAAGGUUUCAGAUACGAAGAUUUGAUCAAACUGGCAAAUAAAGAUUGCAUAGGGUUUUUUAUUGCUAAAUUUAUAAAAGUGCAGUGAAAGCUGUAACUUGACAGCUCAAUAUAAAAAUGCAUUCUCGUUAAUAUCGGGAGCAUUCUGAACUGCACCUUGUACUGCUGCAGUGUUGCCAAGCCAACAGACUGACGACACAGUUGCUAUAGCAGCAGUAAAAUCUGCCAGCUGUUUCCCCUGGGAGAGAUCCACAGGUUGGAGAAACAAGUCUGAGGAAAGGGGCAGUUUCAAUCUGGAAGUGUCUGCUUGGUUUUCUAUUAGCAGAAGGUCACUGAUUCUAGAAAAUGAGUUGUUUUGCCGUACGUUUUUAUAAUUCAGUGUCCCAAAACUUGCAUCCUUGUACAGUGGAAAGCAGGCUUCUUUUCAAAGUGUGUUAUAUAUUACACAAAUUUAGUAAUGAAAAUAUUCAGUCAUGUUUUAUGAAAUCAUUUUUAUUAAUCUCUUAAAUCAAUGUUUUUGAUAGGCAAUUUUAUAUUAUUAAAGAUAAUUCAGUGUAUUACCCAUUCGCUUUUUGUAAUUUACAUGAGAAUCUUCUGUUUGAUAUAAACAAAUCACGUAAUAUUAAGUUUUGUAGAACAUGUUUCUAGUGGUGCAUGUACAUUUGCAAUCCCUGCUCUGAGAAUGGAAAUUUGACUCAGAUGCUCUUAUGUUUCAUUCUGGGACAAAUCUAAAAUUGUCCUGAACUGAGCGACUAAGGCCAAUGCCACUAUCUGCAUCUUUUACACUAAAAGGAGCUACAACUGAGUGUUUACAUUGCAUUGCAUUGCAUUUUCUGAAUUAAAAAAAAAAUCUUUUGCAA